UGAAAUUACUAUUCUUUUGUACAAAGGGCCAGUUCAUACCUCUGUGUCAAUAGAUUACGAAGAAUCUUGGAAUAUCAGGCCCAUGGAAGAUUUCACACCCUAACUAACGUAUCUCCUUCUUUUGCCUCUAUCGCCGGCCACCUUGAGAGUAGAGCUUUGAGAACUUGAAUAUAUUUUUCAACAAUGAUUUCUUUACACCAAAGCCAUAUAUUAGCUGGGUGUUGCAGAUAUAAUCCAAUUAUACGCACCAUGAACUGAUCAGGAUCCCGCAAGAUCUGAUAUUCUUGCCUGCCUCAUGUUUCAAUGGAUGACACUGUACUUAUAAACUACAAGGGAUCAAGUGGCCGGCAGCCAAAAUCAUCGGAUGAUAACGAUAAGAAGAUGAUGCAUCGGGAGAUGGAGCGGAAAAGAAGGAAGGAGAUGGCCACACUACAUGCCUCACUCAGGUCUCUUCUCCCUCUUGAGUUCAUCAAGGGCAAGCGUUCAAUGUCAGACCACAUGAACGAGGCUGUGAAUUAUAUAAGCCAGCAACAGAAUAAGAUCAAGGAAUUGGGUGCAAAGAGGGAUGAGCUAAAGAAGACCAAUUCGAUUGCUCUUGACCCAGCUGAGAGUGGAACCUCCAGUACUGUCUGUCCAACAACGUUUGUUAUGGUCCGCCCAUGUUCGGGGGGUGUUGAGAUUAUGGUUAAUAGUAGCUUCGCAGAGGAAGGAUUGCCUCUAUCAAGUGUUCUCCAAGCACUACUUGAGGAAGGGCUUGUUGUUGAUAGAUGUCUUUGUACAAAAGUGAAUGAACGGUUAAUAUACACCGUCCAAUCUCAGGUAAGUGACAUGAAAAGUACUAUAGAUCUACCUGGGCUGCAACAAAAGCUUACCAAAGCGAUUCCAUUGUCAAAGAAGAUUCCCAACUAACAAUUUGUGUGUUCACUUAUAAGGUUUUCUGACAUUCCACUCUCGGGUUAAUUCAAACUUUGCUUGAAUGCGAAAAUAGUUAAUUUCUCUACUAUAACAUCUUCAGAAAAUAUUAGUGGCUUAUCUGUUUGGGUACUC